UUCCGGAUAGUGGAGGUGGGGUGUCUCCUCUUUCUUUUCUCAAUUUCCUAAAUCUUCGUAUUGCAAGGGUGGAACGGAGGGAACCGGAAGUGUGCGCUGCACCGACGGGUCCCCAGCGAAUCGACGCCGGAAGUAGUAAUUGCUGGAAAAAGAUUCCGCCGGCUCCGUUAUGGCGGCCAUCCCCCCAGACUCCUGGCAGCCGCCCAACGUAUAUUUGGAGACCAGAAUGUUAGCUCCAUGAAGGCAAAAGCACCUGGAACCAUGCCUUGCACAGAGUAAUUGUCCAUCUGUGUUGCAUAUUAGUAAUGUGAAGGAUGACUUGCCAGUAGAAAGCUGUGUUCUGGCAGAUACCACAUAUACAGUAGGUCCUUGAAUAAAGUUAAAGCUUCGUUUCAAUGUGCUUCCGUUACAACAGAAGAAAAAAAGAGAUUCCUAUCCAGGACCACUAUCUCUGGAGUUUGCAUGUCCUCCCCAUGUCUGCACGGGUUUUCUCCAGCAUGGGGAUUAUUGUGCUGGAGCUGUACUGGAAGCAUGCUCCAAAGACCUGUAAGAAUUUUGCUGAGUUGUCUCGUCGAGGUUACUACAAUGGCACCAAAUUCCACAGAAUCAUCAAAGACUUCAUGAUCCAGGGAGGUGAUCCAACAGGGACAGGUCGAGGAGGUGCAUCUAUCUAUGGCAAGCAGUUUGAAGAUGAACUUCAUCCAGACUUGAAAUUCACAGGGGCUGGAAUUCUUGCAAUGGCCAAUGCAGGGCCAGAUACCAACGGCAGCCAGUUCUUUGUGACCCUAGCUCCUACCCAGUGGCUUGAUGGCAAACACACCAUUUUUGGCCGUGUGUGCCAGGGUAUAGGCAUGGUGAAUCGAGUAGGAAUGGUGGAAACAAAUUCCCAGGACCGCCCUGUGGACGAUGUGAAGAUCAUUAAGGCAUACCCUUCUGGGUAGUCUUGCUGCUCUCAUGGGCACGCCAGGUCUUCUGAGUUGGCCCAGCAAACCAGCUUCCAGAUGACCUAAAAUGACAGAUAACUCUGAACUUUGAUUUUGGCCUUGCAAAUCAUGGAGCUAAGGAGGCCUGGGGUCUUGGGUGAGUUAGAGAUGGAAAUGUCUGUUCGCAUCUCCCCGAGCCUCGGUUGACAGAGCACCUGCAGAAAUGCCCGUGUGCGGUUACAUGCAGCUUGCUGCUCACUGUAGACCACCCAUACUGCUCCUGCCUGUGUGCGUCUGCUCUCGCACACUUGCAACCAAAUGAAGCGAACUCUGUCAUUUCUCAGUGUCCAGACAAACUUCUUUCGGCAAAGAUUUACAUUCUGGCCUACACUGCAGGCUUUGGUGGCUGACGGCCCCAGAAUUCAAACCAAGUAGUGUCUGUCAGCCUUCUGAACUCUGCACACCCUAUUUCGGUCUCCUACGUUUGUUCUUCCCGGGCAUGUCUGCAUCUUUCUCUGUAUUUUCCCUCUCAAAACCAGAACAUCAACACUGCUGUUCCUGACACUUAGACAUCCCACGCAAAGCCACGUUGGAUUUUUGCCAAAUGAAAAAUACAUCCAACAAUCAAGUUUCUAAGAAGGUGUCAAGUGGAGAAUGAUAAUGUGUAAUAAUCAAGAAAUAAAUUUAUUAAAGGAAGCAGAAGCAUUGACCAUUUUUUCCCCAGGAAGGAAGAGAAAUCUGUAGUGAGCAUAAAGACAGGCUAUGAAUUCUCCUUAAAAAAACAAACA